GACUCCAGAUCAACCCCCAUUCUUGCUUCUACUACCUGCUGUAGCUGCCUCCUUUCCCACAAGAAUUCAGCGCCAACUCAUGAACCGCCCAACCAAAUAUUUUUCCAAGAAGCCAUGGCAGCGAGUAGAGCCUGUACUGUUUCAUGUAUGGCUGGAUGAUCUUUUGGGGAAUCGGAAAGGACCCAGUCAGCCUCAUAGCCGCUGUCUGUUGACGGCGUCAACUACCCAGGUUAACGGCGUCUGUAGGAAACUAGAGAUUCCUGUGUUUGGGGAGGAUUACUCGCCUAAUCGGGAAUCUUCCCAAUUCCAAUCCCUAUCUUUUCAAUUUUCAUUGGUUUUCUUUCUUAAUAGCUUUCUCUUUCCGUUUUGGCUUAGGAGUUAGGACUGCCACUCUUCUAUUUAUAAAUAAACCUUCAUCAGCCCUUAAACGAGGAAGUCGGGGU